AUGAAUUCGGAACACUCAUUAUCUCAUCCAGAAGAUGAACUAACUCUAGAGGACAACACCCAGUUGGAUGAAAACUCAUCAACUUUAUUAAGGUUAGGGUUGCAAACUGUAUUUGCCGGAUUUCUUUGUAAUUUUAUGGUAUUUGGGAUUGGAUUUUCCUAUGGUGUCUUCCAGGAAUUUUAUGGUUCAUUUGUUGGUCCAUUGUUCAAUUAUUCAGAAUCAAAAAUUGCUCUUAUUGGUACUAUUAGUAAUUCAUUAAUCUACUUGUGUGCUAUAUUCAAUAAAACUUUAAUGUACUAUAUGUGUCCUCGAAAUGUCAUGUUGAUCGGAUGCGGAUUACUGUCAUUGGGGUUAAUACUAACUGGUUUUGCUUCCUCUUAUUAUCAAUUUGUAUUAUGUUCCAUCUUACAAGGUGUUGGUGGAAGUGUAUUGUAUAUCCCGCCAGUUAUCUGUGCUCCCGUAUACUUUGACAAGCAUAGAAGUUUGGCAAUGGGCUUUUUGUUUUCUGGUACCGGUGUUGGUGCGUUUUCCAUUGCAUUGUUUACUCGUUACUUGCUUGAAGCCGUGGGAUGGAAAUGGACAGUACGAACAUUGGGAUUAAUGAAUUUCGCUGUGGGUAGUUUUGCUAGUAUUCUAGUGGUUGAACCAAAAAUCCCGGGAUUUAAAUCAAAUGCCAACGGUUUGUUAAAUUUUAGUCAAAUUCGUUCUGGUAAAAUCAUCUUGCAGUUAUUAGGUUCGUUAUUACAAUCAGCUGGAUAUUUGAUGCCAUUGAUAUUCAUGUCCAAAUAUGCUGUCUCAUUAGGGUUCACAAGAAGUCAAGGGGCUCUUUUCAUUGGAAUUAACAACUUGGUAAAUGCAGGAUCCAAGGUGUUUUUGGGUAGUUUGGCAGAUAUGUUUGGAAGGUUAAAUACUUUAAUUGUUUGCAGCAUCUUAAGUGCAGCAUUCGUAUUUGGAUUGUGGCUCCCAGGAUUACGUGAAACUUUUCUUGCAUUGGUGGUUCUAUAUGGUGUUUUCUCUGGAGCAAUAAUUGCACUAUUGCCUUCUAUAUUGAUUGAAGUAUUUGGAAUGAAUAUGUAUUCACAGUUGAAUGGAAUUCUGGUUUUUGCAAGAGGAAUUGGUGUAAUAAUUGGUAGUCCCAUUGGUGCUACCUUAAUUGUGCAUAAUGGAUCUCAGCCAAAGAACUAUAUAAAUGCAAUCAUAUAUAAUGGCUCCUUAUUAGCUGCAUCUACAAUAUGCUUAACAAUUCUCUGGAUAAGUGUUGGCAAAAGUAAGAAAACAUGGAAAGUAUAG